AUGGAUUCUUCCACUGGCAGAGGUCAAAAUAGAAGUCGGCUUCUAAAUCCUCGCAUGCGAUCUAGAACGCUGGCACACGUUACAUUUUCUGGGGUGCCGCUAAGAUUGCUGACUGGACUGCUGCUUGUGUACCGUUACAGCAUUCUGCGUGCAUAUGCCCUUGGUUAUUUGUCCUCCACCACUCCGAGAUUAAUAUCAUCUUUACGGCAAGUUUGGAGGAAUGACUUGAAUUCUCACCAGAAGCGCGAAGUGCUGCUACGUGCACUAACGAGUGCGAUACGAUUGGAAAGCUUCCCCACGUUCUGUGCUUCUCUUGUGGGGGGCUCUACCGUGCUUCCUCUACUUAUUUUUCGGUGGCAUCAACUUGUAACCCAUAGGCUUGGCUUCAAACCUAGUCUUUCGGAAUCUACCAAGUUUUUGCGGCUAACUCGAUUUGUUUGUGCUUUCAUUUCCGCAUGGUUGAGCUUCCAACUACUGAGUCGGAAACCCGUAAGACUGUAUCAGGAUGAUGGGGAGUCCAUGGCCGACGCAAACAACGGGGCUGCUAGGGGGCAGCAAGGGCGCAAGGACCCGACACACAUCAAACCCCAAUUUGCUGGCAGGACCAUGGAUUUGACGCUGUUCAGCCUUACUAGAGCAGUGGAUUUGGUAAUCAGCAUCGUAUGGUCACGAUGGCGACGAUGGCGGAAAUCUCAGGGUCGCUGGAGUCUGGCGGAGAAUAUAGCGCCAGGGUUUGCAGAUGCAGGCGUAUUUGCCUCUAGCGCAGCAAUAGUGAUGUGGGCAUGGUUUUAUCUCCCCGAACGGUUGCCAAAAUCCUACGAGAGAUGGAUUGGGGAGGUAGCCAAGGUGGAUUCUCGGCUGAUCGAAGCGCUUCGCCGGGUUAGGAGAGGGGUGUUCGUAUAUGGGAAAGAUACAGGUCAAGCACACCUGCUCCAGUCCAUGUGCAAGGACUAUGGGUGGCCUAUCGAGUGGGGAGAUCCCGCGAAAACAAUUCCUAUUCCCUGCGAAAUGGUACACAUGAGUUGUGGCCCUAACUGUGAAAAACAUGCCAUAUCCCGAUUUGCUCGAACAUUUAAGUUUGCCUGUGGAACUUAUAUACCUUUGCAAAUUGCCUUCCGUCUCCGGCGGUUGAACUCUGUAUCAUCAGUCCGUCGGGCUGUAUCCGAUGCACUGCGCUCAUCUGCAUUCCUUGCUUCGUUUGUGAGUAUCUUCUAUUAUUCGGUCUGCCUCGCCAGAACUAGAAUUGGUCCAAAGGUAUUCCCACAAGAUGUGGUGACACCUAUGAUGUGGGACUCUGGACUUUGUGUUGGAGCUGGAUGUUUGAUGUGCGGUUGGAGUAUACUUGUCGAAAGUCCUUCCAAACGGCAGGAAUUGGCAUUAUUUGUGGCACCUAGAGCUGCCGCGACUGUGCUCCCAAGGUUCUACGAUAAACAGUACCAAUAUCGGGAGCGCAUUGCUUUUGCUAUUAGCGCUGCUGUUCUUCUUACCUGUCUCCAAGAGCGACCUAGCAUGGUCAGAGGUGUUUUUGGCAGGAUUGCAGCGAGCGUCUUGAAAUGAUGGAUGAUAGUCUUUACUCAGGAUGACGCUUUAUGAAAAGGCCCUUGAUAUCGAGAACGAUACUAGGGGGACUGUCGGUUUUUCUCUGUAUUAUUACAAGAUCUUAGAGGCUUCUUUUACCCUUUCGUUCUUGCUUGUCCUUGUGUUAGUAUAGCCAACCAUAUUUCGUGGCCUAUGCGCUACAUAUAAUUAAAGUUAGAACGCUUAUGAGAAGCGUCUUUGGACACUGGCAAUCUACUACUCUUGGAAAAACAGGGAAAACACCCUCCAACAUGGACUGGAGUCGUCCAAUAAUACCUGACCUGAGGUAAGUCCAUGCGAAUUGACACCAAAGUACAGGCUUAUCG